GAAAAGAGUGUUAUUCUAGAAUUUGUAAAAAAUGCAAAGGUUAAUGAGUGGUAUCUUGAUUCUAGGUUUUAUUUCAGCCACAUUCUGUCUGAAACACAAUUAUGAAACCCAAAUCAAAUAUUUUAAUGUGAUGGACUAUGGAGCUCUUGGUGAUGGCACAACUGAUGAUUCAAAUGCAAUUUCAUAUGCAUGGCAAGAUAUGUGUGGAGAGGAAGGGCCAGCAACACUAGUGAUACCUUCAAACAAAAUAUUUUUGGUGAAAAGAUUAAACCUAAAUGGUCCAUGCAAAGCUCCAAAUGUUAGCAUUAAGUUUGAAGGGAAGAUAGUUGCUCCAUGUAUGGAUGAAUGGGAUGGUGAUUCGUUCAGUUGGAUUAAGAUAUUCUAUGUAAAUGGUCUGACAAUUGAGGCUGAUGGAGGAAUCAUUGAUGGCAACGGUUCCACUUGGUGGAAGAAAUGCAGAACAUGCAGAAGGCCAACAUCCUUACGUUUCCAUUCUUGUAAUGGUCUUACUGUUAAAUCUCUAAGUAUGAGUAACAGCCCUGGAGCUCACAUAUCAGUAAAUGGCUGCAAUGGAGCAUUAUUCUCUCACAUCAAUAUCAAUUCUCCUCCAAAAAGUCCUAACACUGAUGGCUUUGACAUUGCCAAUUCCAAAAAUAUAGUAAUCCAAGAUUCUACUCUGGCAACAGGUGAUGAUUGUAUUGCCAUCAAUGGUGGUUCUUCUUACAUCAAUGCAACUCGACUUUUUUGCAUAGGAGGCCACGGGAUAAGCAUAGGAAGCCUUGGUAGAAAUAAAUCCUAUGAGACAGUUGAAGAGGUACAUGUACAAAAUUGCAGAUUCAUUGGCACCACAAAUGGAGCAAGAAUCAAGACAUGGCCAGGUGGAUCAGGGUAUGCAAGAAAAAUCAUGUUUGAGGAAAUCAUACUGCAAGAUGCUAAGAAUUCAAUUAUUAUAGACCAAUACUACGGCAUUAACACUCUAAGUGAAGUGGAAGACGAUGCAGUGAGGGUGAGUGAAGUGACUUAUAGAGGAUUCAACGGAACUUCUGCAAGUGAGAAAACAAUUAACUUAAACUGUAGUCCAUCUGGUUGUUUCAACAUUACAUUGGAUCAGAUUUAUAUUGUCUCUUCAAAAUCUUCUAAACAUGUCUAUGCUUUUUGUAAAAAUAUUGUUAAUGGGACGAUUGGAUCCACCGUUCCAAAAGUAUCUUGUCAAUAAAAUGAAUUCCCAUGCCAACAUUUGUGGUGGUGGAUUUAAUGUAAGAGGAAUUAAGCUUUGUUAGAUAUUCCUAAUAUUUAUGGCAUUUCUAAGAGAAAUUAACCUUAGUGAAUUUAGUA